AUGAAUGGAAGAGAAAAAAUUGUAAAACACCAUAGCAUACUUUACUGUCCCAUUUCAAAAAUUGGAACAAAGUUUUUUGGAAAGGUACUGCAAUAUUUGGUAACGAAUAGCACAUAUGCGUCGCAAUAUAACGAUAACGGGAAAUACGGACACAAAAUAAUACAAAAAAUAGAGAAAUCAAGAGAACUAAAUGACAUGCAACACUCAGCGGAAUUGAAUGUAACUACAGCAUUCAUGUUUGUCAGGAACCCUUACGCGCGUCUUUUCUCGGCGUAUGUCGACAAGAUAUACACUCCUAACUUCGGGAUGGGGGACACAAUUGGGCGCGAAGCUGCAACUACUGUAAGAAAUUAUACAAAGGAUUCUAACUAUAAGCACGAUAUCACUUUUCGAGAGUUUGUGCAAUAUAUUCUAAAACUCGAUAAAGAUCACAAAACUAUCGAUGGCCAUUUUAGACCGAUGAGUGAUCAUUGCGACGCAUGCGCAGUUCCCUAUACAUUCAUUGGCCAACUGGAAACGUUACAAGACGACGUCAGCUACUUAAUGAAUCAAUGGAGAAACGAGUUUCCGUACUUCAAAUUUAAAUUUAAUGACUUUGAAAAGGAAUCUGCUAUUCACGAUGCGCGAUAUGAAGUUGGGAAAUUAUUCUUUAACAGAAAAUACCCCGACGAUAAAAACUUCCCAUUUUACAAUAAGUCUGUUCGAAUUUGGUGUAGUCUACAAAUUAGAGGAAUUAUCUCAAAGCACAGUAGAUUUCCAUUUACGAAAAACAAAGCAACGAUGAUAACAAAAGACAGGUUUACUGCUGCAUUGAUGGACGCACUUGAAAACAGGAAAGAUAUAUCAGCCAUCAAGGAUCAGCGUACAGAGGCAUAUAUACAAGCAUAUCAUACUAUUCCGCUUACAGAGAUGCGUCAACUAAGAGAAUAUGUUUUGAAAGAUUGUAAAUUGUUCGGUUAUGAUGACUCGCCGAAAGAAUUGUUCGACAGAAAUGUGUCGACCAUUGAUCAUCUUUACCUGGACGGACUUUAA